UCAGGGAAUUAAAAAUUUCAUCAUAAUUACAUCGACGCAUUAUGGAGGACGAGGCACAAGCGCAAACCCCAAUUGAAAACGUAAGGUGGCGUCGUGUGUUGGCGUGGUUUCGUGAAAACCUUCUUUUGGUGUUUACUAUAGCAGGCGUAAUACUUGGAGUCUUCUUUGGGUUAGUAUUACGAUUGGCCAAUCCCAGUGAGGAGGCAGUCUUAUUAAUUGGUUUCCCUGGAGACGUGUUUCUCAGACUCCUGAAGAUGUUGAUUCUUCCACUGAUUGUUUCAAGUCUGAUCACAGGAUUGACGGGACUUGAUGCCAAGUCUAGUGGCAAACUCGGUUUCCGUACGUUACUUUACUACUUCUGUACAACGAUGAUAGCUGUUCUGAUCGGUAUCAUACUAGUGUUAACGAUUCGACCCGGUAAAUCUACAUCAGCAAAAGAGGAACUUGGUGGAAAAGGCGUCUCCUCAGAUGUCACUACCUUGGAUGCAAUAUUGGAUCUAUUAAGAAACCUGUUUCCUUCAAACUUAUUGCAGGCCUGUUUUGAACAAACACAAACAUAUUACGAAAAGGAAGAUGUUUAUAAAACUGUUAAAGUAAAUAGUACCUUAGCACCAUUGACCGCUAUCAGUUACAACGCCACCAUGGGUGAGAAUGUCACGAGCUUGGUUGCAGGAGGUUAUACUGAGACUUCAAUGGAGGUGUUCAAUGGUACGAUUUCUGUACGAAAAGUAGGAUACAAAGGUGGCAUGAAUGUGCUUGGUUUAAUAGCAUAUUGUAUUUGCUUUGGAAUUCUGUUGAGCCAGAUGGGACCACAGGCAGAAACAAUGGUUAAUUUCUUCAGUAUUUUGAAUGAUAUCACCAUGAAGAUGGUGUUUCUUGUCAUGUGGUAUUCUCCAAUCGGUAUUCUUUCCCUCAUCUGUGCCAAGAUAUUGGCCAUGGACGAUCUAGGUCUUGUGUUCUCACAGCUCGGCCUCUACAUGAUAACAGUCCUCCUUGGCCUCUUGAUCCACACUGGCGUCCUCAUGACCAUAUAUUUUGUGUUCACAAGGAAAAACCCGCUGCGAUUCUUUCAAGGCAUGCUCCAAGCUUGGGUCACUGCUCUUGCAACCUCUUCAAGUGCCGCAACCCUGCCAAUCACCAUGAAGUGUCUUGAGGAGAACCUUGGCGUUGACUCGCGCAUCACUCGCUUCGUGUUGCCAGUGGGAGCAACGGUUAAUAUGGAUGGUACUGCGUUAUACGAAGCUGUAGCCGCCAUCUUUAUUGCUCAGAUGAAUGGAAUCCCAUUGAAUAUGGGCAAAGUGAUAACUAUUAGCUUGACUGCUACCCUGGCAUCAAUAGGGGCUGCAAGUGUACCUAGCGCCGGUCUCAUCACCCUCUUGCUCGUCCUGGCUGCUGUAGGAGUACCUGCAGAAGAUGUUGGCCUCAUUUUCCUUGUCGAUUGGUUCCUUGAUCGCUGUCGUACAUCCAUCAAUGUAUUAGGAGACUCCUUCGGUGCUGCUAUUGUUGAUCAUCUUGCGAAAAAGGAAUUGAUUGAGGCCGAACAUCACAAGAUGGAAGAAGGAGAUUCAAAUGAGUUGGACGGCUUAACCAAACCUAGCGCAACUGACGGGAUGGAUGCAGUGAGAUCUGAUAACGGGAACACCGACACCACACUUUAAAGACCAAAACCCAAAUGAAAGAUGUGUUGAAGAAGCAGUAAAAUCUCAAACCACAGUAAUCUUCAUCGUGAGAAUAAUAACCUUUUAGGUUAAUAUAUGUCUGUAGUAUGAACAGAAGAGAGCAGGUUUCAUUGUGGUAAUAUUCAGGAAAAUAUCUACAUAUAUAUUGCAAAUAAACAAUACAGUUACAUACUGUAAAACAUAAUACUAUUCAAUGAUGGUGUAACAUAUACCCAUAAAUCGUUAUUCAGUAUAAAUGUAAAUCGAUUAUGAUUGUCCUUAAUAAAUCAACAAUGCUAAUACCAAGAAAAAAAGCGAUUUGCACAUGAUUCUGAAAACCAGGCCGGGUAGACAAUUUUUAAGAGUCUGAGAAUUUAAUAUUUUUCAGAUUGGUAGUAAACUAAGGUUCCUCCUUUUCACCAUCCCAACAAAAACUACACAGUUAGUAUGUGCUAUGAAAUCCAAUUGUAGUUUAUACUUUUAUAUGGUAAAUAUUGUAACUUUUAACAAACUUUGAACUUAUUUGUCUUGAAAAAAAUCUUAUUAAAAGACUUGUUAAGACUUAUUUGUCUUACGUAGAUGUACUCAUUUACGUCAGUUAAUUUUCUGCCAUUUAAUUUUCCUUUCAGAAGGAAAAUAAAGAUUACUUGUUUGUUGAUAUUAAUUAACCUUUUUAAAAGUGUUUCAUUUCUUUAAAAUUAUAGAAGAUUUGAACAUUUAUUUUGUAAUUGGCCACAAAUCAACCUGUCCAAUUUAUCUCUACUUUGAAUAAGUAUGUAUAAAACGUGUUUAGUAAUAUUUGGUGCUCGUAUGUUCUCUAUUAAGGCUUUAUAUAUAUAUAUAUAUACAGUGACUGUACCAUUAAAACACAAAGUACAGCUGAUGAACAGGGUAAAAUAUUGAACAGAAGGUAGAUCCUUUUAGUCUUUUUACAUCAUUUGUAAAUUCAUGUAUUCAACAAUUAUUCAAUUCAAUUUUUUUAGUUAUUUCCAAUACAUAUAUACUAUAUGCAAAUUUGAAUGUUAACAUUGUGGAAAGAACAAACAUAUUCAUAUAUAUUGCUAUUGUAUGAUAUGGGUUGUAACUUUUUUUUUUCAAAUUUAAAUCUUGAAUGUUUAUACUUUAUCUCACAUAUUCAAGAGAUUUGUAGCAGUAAAUGUUUAUAUAGCACAAAUAUGUUUCUUUGUUUUUUUUUAGAUGGGUUUAUUUCCCACAAUUAGUGAUUGGUCAAUGUAUUAUUAUGUUUACUGAAAAUAAUGACUAUAUUCAAGUAAAAAAUUUUGUAUUAGAAUUUAUGAUAUUACUAUUCCCUACUUGGGUGAGUUAUAUAUGUUUCAUUUAGCAGAG